GUCUGUAGUUCUAAAAAAUGGAAUAUUUCAUAUCACAUGUAUACUUAUAUAUUUGUAAACGAAUUAUUUUUUUACAAUGAUCGAAACCCAAUUGUUAGUUGACCGUUUCGAUUUCCACUUUGUAGUUCGCUUGAAGAGUAUGACUAUUCGAGUUAACUGCUAGGUGUUUUGGUACAUUUCGAAUUGAGUACAGCAAUUUUUACUAACAAUUUAUUAUAGUUUAAGUACCGUUUUUCGUCUAACUUAACAUUUCAAUAUAACAUACGGGUGUUUACUUUAAAAAUUGUCAAUACUUUUUCGCACUAAUUAUAUUAAAAUUUUUUUAGUUAUCGUUUAAAUUACUUUAUUUCUACAUCAAUAAAAUGGGUGAACAAAACAUUUUAGACAAGUCUAUGAGAAGUGUUUUUGUUGGAAAUAUUCCAUACGAGGCAACUGAAGAAAAACUAAAAGAUAUAUUUAAUGAAGUAGGACCAGUUAUGUCAUUCAAAUUGGUAUAUGAUAGAGAAACUGGUAAACCUAAAGGUUAUGGUUUCUGUGAGUAUAAAGAUCAAGAAACUGCACUUAGUGCCAUGCGUAAUCUUAAUGGCUAUGAAAUUGGAGGUCGUACUCUACGUGUAGACAAUGCUUGUACAGAGAAAUCCAGACUAGAAAUGCAAUCAUUAAUGAUGGGAAUGCCUACUUCAGAGAGUCAUUAUGGUGAUGCUGUUAAUGCAGAAAAAGCACCUGAGAUAAUAAAUAAUGUGGUUUCAACUUUACCACCAGAACAGUUGUUUGAACUUAUGAAACAAAUGAAAGAAUGUAUUCAAAAUAAUCCUGUAGAAGCUAGAAAUAUGUUACUUCAAAAUCCUCAACUUGGUUAUGCAUUGUUGCAAGCACAAGUUGUAAUGAAAAUUGUGGAUCCAGAAGUUGCUAGGACUAUGCUAUAUCCUGUUCAUAAAGUUCCGCCACCACUACACAGUUCUAACGGUGCAUCAACUUCAAGAGCUCAGUCAAUGCCUCAAACAUCUAAUAAUGAUAAUAUAGAUUGGCAACAUAAUAAUAUGUAUCACGGGCAAAUUUCAAGCCAAGAUUUUAGGCAGCCACCACCGCCACCAUUCAAGAAUGAACAUCCUCAGUCAUUUAUGGCUUCAAGAGAUUAUCCACGGUCAUCAACAAUGGAUUCAGAUAACCGAUCAUUUGGAGAUAUUUAUAACAGAGAUCGCAGAGUUAAUAAUAGUUUUAUGGCAAUGCCACCACCAAUGAUACCAGAACAUCAAGUACCUUCACGAAUGGUUCAGUCUUCUCAAUCUCAAGUUCAACAAGCAUCUAAUCAAACAGUUAAAACUUCUGAUUCUGAAAAGGCUGCUUUGAUUAUGCAAGUAUUACAACUAACUGAUGCACAGAUUGCAAAAUUGCCUAAUGAACAACGCCUAAGUAUACUUCAACUGAAAGAAAAAAUUUCUAUGUCUUCUAAAAAAAAGGAUUAAAUCUCAUUUAGUUUUUAUUUGAUUUUGUAUACGUUA